ACACACACACACACGCACACACCCCCACACCCCCACACACAUAGCCUUACCCUAAAUUCAACCAUUACCAGUACAUGUCUAAACCUAAACCUAAUCUAAACUUAAUUUAACUCAACCUUAGUCCUAACCUCUAACCCCCAAACAGCUCUUCAACAUAUGGGGCCCAGACUUUGAGUCCCAUAAGGACCAGUGGGUCCCAUAUGGACCUAAGCCCUCCAGCCUAUGAAAAUUCAGGUUUCUUUGCCAGACCUAGAAAUUAUGCAUCUUCACCUGGAGAGCCGAAGACAUAAUACAAUUUAGUUUGAUUGUUAUUUAUACCUACUUAUUUUAUGUUUUUAGUUUUUUUACAAACAGUUAUCUCUUUAAAGUCAAACAAAAAAAGAUACAUAUAAUUUUAUCUUGAACAGGAGGGAAAAGUUGCUAAAGAUAAUUUUAUGAACCAUACAGCUACAUCUGAUAUUUUUUCAUCUCAUGUUAGUAAUUUUCUCUAACAUUCAGGUUAUGUCCAAAAGCAGAGUAAAAAACCCACUUCUGUUGAAUUUCGCAUCCACUUCUCUGUCGUGUAAAAAGAACAUAUAAGCUUAAAGAGUUUCCACAGUGACUCAUGUUACCUUUCAAUCAAGGCAAGGACACAUUUUUUUCAGCUGCAGUACAAAUAGAGCAAAACUGAACAGAAAACAAACCCUGUUCUCCAGCUGGUUUGGUUGUCAUCAAGACUUUUCAGGAGCUUCCAUGAAUUCAAUCAUAAGGUGGAAACGUCAGCAAGACGGCACCUUAUGUGUUUAACGCUGUGUUUGUUGACAGACCAACAAUCAGCCAGUAAUUCACAGGAGCUCAGUGAGACCAUGCUGCAGAGAUAAAAUCUGGGCUGCAAUGCUGUCACGCAACUGCAGCUGUGCUCAGAAGUUUACAUACGACUGCAGUAUUUCCUUUUGUUUUUGUUCGAAUUUAAUACUUUUUUAACAGACUAUAGGAGUGCUGAUGCAAAACAUUUCUUCAAUUAGUUAUUGGUUGCAUUAAGCUAUUUAUUAUCAAACAGUAAUUGCCCUGAACCAUUAUAACAAUAGAAACAAACCAAAUGACCCUGAUCAGAGGUUUGUUUUUAAUGUUUUAAUGUAAAGACUCCGUUCUUGUAAGAUGUUGCCUUCAUGUGUCGCGUGUUUGAGACUUUCCCAAAGUGUUUUGGUGAUAUUAAGGUCAGGAGACAGAGAUAGUUACUCCAGAACCUUCACGUUUUCCUGCUAUCACAAGUGUUAACAUUUUAAAAAGUAAUCUUCACCCAACAGUUAACAAAACAAAAAAAAAAAGGCGAGCAAAUGGGCUGGAAAGUGGCUAUGCUUCUUCAGGACCACUAGAGGGCAAUGCGUGCUCACAAAGUUGCAUGCUGGAGCAGGUUGAGGCUUUUCUCUGUUUCCUCAAGAGUUAAAAUGUCUGGUUUCUUUAUUUGCAUUUCUUGUUACGUUCCAAAACUUUGCGCAUAUUGCAGGAAAUAUCUAGAAGCAGCUCUGUUGCAGUGAACCAGAACACAGUGCAAUUAAUUAUUGCGUUGCAGUGAAAUAAUUUGGGAAUAAGGAGGAGAAAGGUAAAGAGUAAUACCCAAUCUAAAUAGACCGAUACAGUCUUGUGAAAAAAAGUGUGUGUCCAAAUUUCUCCUCAAACCAUAAUUCAGGAAACGGCUGCCUCAACGGACCAGGAAGAAUACCAGUGUGAGGUGACAGUCACUUAGGGUCUUCAGGAAGCUUUACUUAGAAAAACAGAAAAUAUAGUGUCUACUCAGGUUUUCAUGUAAAUCACUGACACAAAUUGCUGCACCAUUCUCAGAUAAAGCUCAAGUUUUAAUUGAGAAGCAGUACAAUUGUAGAGACCAAGAUUUCUUGUCUUUAUCUGGGGUAUAUGCAGGGUAGUGACGUGGAAUGUUAAGUUUCAGUUUUGCUUUUGCGUUGUCGCGAAUGUUUGGUGUAACAAACAUUUAGUCCCAAACUAAACAUGUCUCUUUGUUUAGUCUGGGACAUUUCAGCGAUCCGAAGCCACUGAAGCCUGUCGUGUUUUAUAUAACCGUGUUUUGACAGAAACUGGUGAUCCUGUGAUGGUAGACGGGAAGGCUUGGAACCGAGCUUGCUUCCACCUUUUGGUGUUUGCAUUAUGUGGAGUCAUGGCUCACUGCCAGUCUCAAAGCAAAGGCUUUUCAAAGCAGCAGACUCUCUUUUUGGUUGGAAAAACUGGCUCUGGAAAGAGUGCAUCAGGAAACACCAUCUUGGGCCACUCUGUGUUUAGAGAAGACGCCUCGGCUGAGUCGGUGACAAAAACCUGUGAGAGACGAGAACGACUGGAAGGAGACAGGAACAUCGUGGUGAUCGACUCCCCUGGAAUAUUUGACACAGAUAAAACACAAGUACAACUCAAAGAAGACAUUGAGCAGUGUGUUAAGCUGUCAGUUCCUGGGCCUCAUGCUUUUCUGUUAGUGAUAAACUUAAAGUCGAGAUUCACAAAAGAGGAAAAGGACACUGUGAAGUGGAUCCAGGAUAACUUUGGCUCUGCUGCUGCUACUUACACCAUAGUCCUGUUCACUCAUGCUGACUUGUUGAGAGGUAAAUCUGUUGAGGACUAUGUGGCAGAAAGCAAACAACUACAAACUCUAAUACAUCAAUGUGGAGGAAGAUACCACUCGUUAAUCAAUGGGCAGAGUUCAGACAGAAAACAGGUAACAGAACUUCUGCAUAAAAUAGAUGAAAUGGUUCAAAUAAAUGGGGGACAUCACUACACCAACAGUAUGUACUACAAGGCCCAGAGGGAACUGGAGGAGGAAGAGUUUAGAGCAUGGAGGCAGGAAUAUGAGAGGAGAAAGGCAGAAAAUAAAAGGUGUGAAGAAGAGGAACGAGGGGAAAGAGAGAAGAGGGAGAGAGAUGAAAAACGUACUUCUUUGUGUAAUGUAAUAAAUUUUGGUUCCAAAGUAAUUUUGUUUCUUUUGGGAAAUCCCUACGUUAUUGCAGCAGACACUGCACUUGAUCUUUUUGUAGACAAAUGUGACAUCAUUAACUAUUUGAAGGACUGGGAACUGUAACAAAAUGAGACAACAUAUCACAACAAUGCACAACGAUGAAUGAACUGUUUAAUCAGGACACUGGUAGACAACAGUUCCUAAUCUACAGAAAACGAGGACAUGUAAUCAAAUCCUGGGACUUUUAUUUUCUAUAUCUGAAUAAUUCAGGCUUUGUUUUGGUUUUCACCUUGGAUUUUCUUACUAUUUUGUGCAUGUGAACACUUUUUUUUAACAUAACACAUCACUGCUCUUAUAACCUGACACAAGCAAUGCACAGUAGAUAUUUAUUUUCCUCACAGAAAAAACAUGUUCAACAACUUAAGACAGGUUUGGCACAUGUCUUUUGAUAAUUCGUCACUUAAUUAUAAAUACUGGUACCUGCAAAUGC